GCGGCAGGCCGUGGCAGCUCCGUGCGGACAGGGUCCCUGCAGCCUCCCUUUGCCCGGCGGAGACCUGGGAGGAUGAAAGUGAUAACGUGUGAAAUCGCCUGGCACAACAAGGAGCCAGUGUACAGCUUGGACUUCCAGCAUGGGGCAGCCUGGAGGAUCCACAGGCUGGCGUCCGCGGGGGUGGACACGGCCGUCAGGAUCUGGAAGGUGGAGAAGGGGCCAGAUGGGAAAGCCAUCGUGGAAUUUCUCUCCAACCUUGUUCGGCACACCAAAGCUGUCAAUGUUGUACGCUUUUCUCCAACUGGGGAGAUUUUAGCAUCUGGAGGCGAUGAUGCCGCCAUUCUGUUGUGGAAGAUGAAUGACAGCAAGGAGCCGGAGCAGAUCGCUUUUCAGGAUGACGAUGAGGCGCAGCUGAACAAGGAGAACUGGACCGUGGUAAAAACCUUGAGGGGCCACUUAGAAGAUGUGUAUGAUAUUUGCUGGGCAACUGAUGGUAAUUUGAUGGCCUCUGCCUCUGUGGAUAACACAGCUAUCAUAUGGGAUGUCAGUAAAGGACAGAAGAUUUCCAUUUUCAAUGAACAUAAAAGUUAUGUACAAGGAGUAGCCUGGGACCCUUUGGGCCAGUAUGUUGCGACCCUGAGUUGUGACAGGGUGCUGCGGGUCUACAGCGCCCAGAAGAAGCGUGUGGCUUUCAAUGUCUCAAAGAUGCUGUCUGGCCUGGGGCCCGAAGGCGAGGCCCGGAGUUUCCGCAUGUUUCACGAUGACAGCAUGAAGUCGUUCUUCCGAAGACUCAGCUUCACUCCGGAUGGUUCUUUGCUCCUCACUCCAGCUGGGUGUAUGGAAUCCGGUGAAAACGUGACAAACACGACCUACGUGUUCUCCAGAAAACAUCUGAAAAGGCCUGUCGCCCACCUUCCAUGCCCAGGGAAAGCCACGCUCGCUGUCCGCUGCUGUCCUGUCUACUUCGAGUUGAGGCCGGUGGCGGAAACAGAGGAGCCCAGCCCCGAGCUGGUGAGCCUGCCCUACCGGGUGGUGUUUGCUGUGGCCUCCGAGGACUCCGUGUUGCUGUAUGACACGCAGCAGUCUUUCCCGUUUGGCUACGUGUCUAAUAUCCAUUACCAUACCCUGAGUGACAUUUCCUGGUCCAGCGAUGGAACCUUCCUGGCCAUCUCCUCCACGGAUGGCUACUGCUCCUUUGUGACCUUUGAGAAGGGUGAACUUGGUGUACCUUUGAAAGAGAAGCCAGUCUUGAGCAUAAGAACUCCCGAUGCUGCAAAGAAAACCAAGAACCAGACACACCAGGGAUCUUCGCCAGGAUCCAGACCCGUGGAAGGAGCCAGCCGAGCCCCAGACCCCAGCAGCCCCUGUACCACCCCCUCCCCGACCACACGGUCUCCAGCCCCGCCUGCCCCCCAGGACAGCCCCUCAGCCCCUCCUGCUGGCAAAGGCCCCCUGCCGCGGCCUGCUGAAGAGAAGACCCUGCAACCUCCUAGUCAAAGCACAAAAGCUCCCCAACCGCGGAGGGUCACGCUGAGCACGCUGCAGUCCUGGAGCAAGGCAGCCCCCCGGAGAAUAAACUUAACACCGUUAAAGGCAGAUGACGUGCCAGCCCUGCCCCCUGCCAGCGGAGCUGCCCCCUCCACAGCUGGGCCUCAGCCAGAGAUGCCUGGAGAGCCCCGGGAUGAGUCCCCCAAACUGAAAAGACCCAGAGUUGAGGAACAUGAAGGGGACCCCCAAAGCCUGAGUCCUGAUGAGGCUACCAAGUCUGCUUGAGGCCUGCUGGGGCAUAUGUGCACAGGAGCAAAUCCCAAGAUGCUGAGGCUGCUGUCGGUGAUAUUAGCGGAAUAAACUCAUGAAUUGAUUCCCAUAGAGAGAACUGUGUGCUGACUUUGCUCUACCAGCCCAUUCAGUCAUUCCUCUCCAUGGGGACUCUGUCUGCUGUGCUAGGCGAGGGCCUCUUUUUGAUGAGUUUCUGAGACCAGGAAGCCUGAUCCUUUAUCCCUUGCUUGCCUUUGCACACUUUAUACACUUGGAUGCUGCCCAGCUGGUAGAGGACAGAGCCAGGAGAAAAGCCAGGGACCCACAAAUGAGGGAUUUAGGUGGAAGCAUGCAGUGCUCCCCACGGCCACUGGAGGUCACUGUCCGCUGAAUCUGCUUGAUAGCUGUCCUGCUUGGCUAGAAGCCUGAGCUCAACCUGCCCUAAUGGGCCAGUGCAGAGUGGCCUCACCUAGAGGGUGCCUGGGGGCAGCCCCACCCCUACCCGUCCACCCUGGAGUGCUGUUCCGGGGCAGCUGUGCUCAGAAAGCAAGAUGAACUCAACCCACCUGGCUGGUGCCACCCGUUCACAAUCGGGUUCUGUGGUGAUCGGGCACAGUCGGCACACCUCCAGAGGCUCCCGGUGCCAUGAGAGCCACCCUCUGGGACGGGGCAACUGGAGGGUACAGCACCGAAGGGCCAGUGGGACCUCUGACC